AUGAGUAAAGAGAUUCCAAGCCUUGUUAAUCUUACUACAAGAGAUCAACAACAGUUUAAGAAUAUUGUUCAGCUUUAUGAUCAAAGAAUAUAUAAACGAUCACUGAAGCUUACUGAGGCAAUGCUGAAAAAAUAUCCCAAACAGGGAGAUUUGCUGUCAAUGAAGGCUUUUAUAUUAGGUGCAAUGCAUCCAGAUAAUAAAGACGAGAAACACAAGGAAGCUUAUGAGUGUGCUAAAGAAGCAAUCAAACAAAAUAUGAGAAACCCAAUGAGUUGGCAUUGUCUUGGUACAUUAUACAAGGGUGACUUUGAUUACAAUGAAGCAAUAAAGUGUUUUAAAACUGCAUUAAAAUUUGACAAGGAGGAUUUGGUAGUUUUGAGAGAUUUGGCUACAUGCUUUAUUCAAAUACGAAAUCACCAAGGAUUUAGAGAUAUAAGAAAUGAGAUUAAAAGGAUUCGCCCUGACAUUAGAACAAAUUGGAUAGCCUCUGCAUUAGGGAAUCAUUUUUGUGGGUAUAUUAAUUCUACAAUUAAUUGUUUAGUAUCUAUUGAUCAAUUUGGUUCUUCAGAAGAUGGCAAUAUUUGUUCAAAAAAGGCUAUUUUAGAUGGAGAAAAUUAUGGGAUUUUAUUCUCUUUUUUAGAACCAUUUCAAAGAUCGGAGUUACUUUUAUACUUUUUAAAAGUAUUGUUGGAUGGGAAAAAGUAUCAACAAGCUUAUAAUUUUUUAAGAUCAAAUAAGGAAUUUAUUCUUGAUAAGACUGACUACUACACUAUUAUGGGGAAUCUUUUACUUAAAUGCAAUAAAAACUAUACAAAAGAGUGUUCUGAAUGUUUUAACCAUCUUUUAGAGCUUUAUCCAGACGAUGAUUUCCCUUUAUUUGGGUGUAUGAUUACAGAUCAAUCUUUAAAAAAUGUGAUAUUACCUCCUCCAAAUUUACCAAAUCAGCUCAUAAAAACAUUUGAAAUACAGGAUAAGGAAGAUGAAAACACUGUAUUUGAAAAUGAGCCAGUUAUUCCAAUUUGUGGUAUAAGAUCCAGCUUUUUUCAUAAUAGAGGUACCUCAGGUAUAAUGUACUAUCCUAUACUGACUAAUGAUACAGUUGGAAGGAAUGAGUACUUAAAGAACAAAAAACUAAGUUCAGAAAAAAUUGAUAAUUCUUAUGGUUAUAAGCCCUCAAGUAAUAUAAAUAAUGAAGUUUUGGAGUUUAUAAUUUAUGAUGAUAACGAAUUGGCUGAAAAAAUGGUAGAAUAUCAAAAUUCUCUAAGAAAAAUUGAAAGGUUUUUCGAAGAAAAAAAGUCUCAGUUCCCAGCUAGUGACACUAUUUUAAGGUUAGAUAUGGCAUUUUCAAAAGGAGAAGAAUUUUUAAGAAAAUUCAGAGAUUACUUAAAAAAUAAGCUUGGGAGCAGGAUUACUGGGUUAAAGUCUCUAAUAGGUUACCUAAUUAAAAUGGAUGGUAAAAAGAAAAGCUUAAUUCAUACAGAAUUAAAUAAGAUUGUUAGUGAAUCUGAAAGUUUAUAUGAGAAAGCUCAAUUUGGAAAGAACGAACUGAUUACAUUGUAUUAUAUAUAUUCCCAACAUUUGGAUUGCAUGGGCUUUUCUUUGGAAGGAUUGAAUUAUAUUGAAAAGGCUUUAAAACUAGAUGAAACAAGGCCUGAUGGAUUUUACAUUAAACGAAAACUCUUAAAACAUCUUUAUAGGUUUGAAGAAGCAAUGGAGAUGAUUGAUCAUGCAAGAUUGAUUGACAUAAAUGAUAGGUAUUUAAAUACUCGUACUAUUUGUGCUUGUUUGGAAAGUGGAAAUUUUGAUAAGGCUAAAGAAUUAUUAAAAAAAUUUGUGAUACGUAUAAAUGAACAAUCUAAAUCCAAAGAAAAUGAAAUUAUGCCAUCAAACGAGACAGAAAUUAAGAAUUUGCAGAUGAUAUGGUAUGAAAAAAGGGCUCUUAAGAAUCGAGAGUUACUGGAUUCUAGUGAUAAUAGCUAUGUGAUGAUAUUUGAUCAUUAUUUAAGAUUAAUGGACUCAAUGGAAAUUAUGAAAACUGAUCAGUAUGAUUAUCAUUUGUAUUGUUUAAGAAAAAUGACACUAUGUAGGUACCUGGAUUUUAUUAAUAUGCAGGAUAAGUUGUUUUGCAAUACAAACUAUCGAGAAAUAAGUAUCAUGUUUUGGAGAAGGCUUUGGAUUAAUAUUUCAAUGAUAAUAAAUGGUAAAUUAGAAUUAAAACAAAGUUACUAUGAAAAGGAUAAACAAAAAGGAAAAAACAAAAGUAAUGAUGGAAGUGAAAGCUUAAAGGAAACUAUUGAAUUUAUUAAGGACAAUGAAAGAUGUUGGAGUAAGUCACAUGAGAUUAUUCAGAAUUACAGAAAAGACUGUAUAUUCCAUACAAAAAGUUUUACUCCAAUAUAUAUUCACUAUUACUGCUCACAAAAGAUCCUUGGGAAAUUAUCUCUGGAAACUUGCAUUUUGGUUUGCAGCCAAUCAAUUUACAGAGUAUAUAUACUCGAGAAGUCUUAUAUUAAAGAAAAUCAAAUUGGUAUUUUUCCUGUUUUGCUGGUUCAUUUUUACACUAAUAUGCUAAAAUACUUAAGAAAUGGUUUUAAUGAUGUUUCUAAGGAAUACGGAAUUAAUAUAGUAAAUAUCAUUUUUAAACAAUUUCAGAAAUUUACUAAUAAUGAGAAUUUAAAUAUUGAUAAUAUAAAUACUUAUUUCCAGGAUUACAUUUCAUCUCUGAAUAUUAAUAAUAUCACUGACAUUGAAAGUCUUUGUAAUUUGGUCAAGAUCUCAACAAUUAAUGGAUCAUUUAAAAAUAUCGAGACUUAUCUUGACAACUCAGAUAUAGAUUUGAACAAAUUCUCUGGAAUAUUUAACCAAAAAAUUGUUGAUUUGGUAAAAUUGCUUGUAAUUAGGUCCCUUAAGUCCACUAACUCUGACACUGAAUCUCUGAAUUUGAAUCCAUCAAAUUUCUUCAUUGAGAAACACUCUUGUUUCUCUAAAUCGAAAUUACUCAACAAGAUUAUGAAUACUUAUGACAUUUACACAAGAAGAUUUAUUAACACCAACAAUCAAGAAGGCCAAAAUCUCAAACUAAUAUUACAAGUUAAACAUUUAAAAGACCAGAUUUCUAAAGAAACUGUGGAUAUCUCAAAUUUGCCUAUACUUGCUUUAUCCAUCUAA